AUGGCACCAAAGAAAGCGAGAAAGACUACGGACAGCAUCAACUCGCGCCUUGCGCUUGUGAUGAAAUCCGGCAAAGUCACUCUCGGUUACAAGUCGACCCUCAAAACCCUCCGAUCUGGAAAGGCCAAGCUGGUCAUCAUUGCCGGCAACACUCCCCCUCUGCGCAAGAGCGAACUGGAAUACUACUCGAUGUUGUCUAAGACUAACGUCCACCACUUCGCCGGAAACAACAUUGAAUUGGGCACUGCCUGUGGAAAGCUCUACCGAUGCUCCACGAUGGCCGUUCUUGAUGCUGGUGACUCCGAUAUCCUGGGCGCCGCAUCAUAG